GUAUGAGUGGAUUGUCGAGGUAGCUUAAAGGAUAACAGCACCGCGCUUCCAGAGAAGCGCCGACCCGACCUGAGAAUGGGAGCCCCGCGCGUUGUUGCGUGCUUACUCGCAGUUUUCUUCCCAGCCAUUUGUCAAGGUCAGCAGUACUGGGGUGGCUACGGUUGGAGAUUUGUGAGGCACCCUUUAGUUAAUGAAGCAUGUGAACGCGCCUACCCUGUGGACGAGGCUACUGCAGUAAGGGCCACAUGCCGGUACCCCUGUCAAGGCUGGCCUGUUCGUUACGCUAAUGAGCAAGAUGGUACUCCAUGUCAACUGUCAUGGUGGCAACAAGGAGUUUGCUUCAGAGGUCGUUGCAAACGACAGUACCUGGUGCCUUCGAUACCUUCAGUGCCAAAAGAUGAAGAGAACAAUGUUCAAGCGCGUCCAAACCCUGCGCCUAGACUGCUGUGUAGAAAUCGCCAACGUCGGCUAAAAUUCCCAGCUGUUGUUCGCUCCUGUCAGUUCGUAUGCAAGCAAAGGAGGAAUGCUUUCUUGGCCAAUGAAGACAAUGGAACACCAUGCUUGGCGUGGGGAGGACAGGUUGGCUACUGUGACCAAGGCGUGUGCAAGGCUCUUGAAGCUACUGCUGCGCCAACCACAGCUCAAGCAACCUCCACUGUGGUUUCGACACCAACGGAGCUUCCAGGUGCAUCAUCUGUAAGCAGUAACGCACCAGGUGUCACUGCCACAGCUACUGAAGAGGACGUUACUGUUGCACAGAGUGCCGAAUCUACAACGGUAGCUACAACACCAGCACCAGUGCCAGCUGUUCCAGUGGUCAGGCCACCAUGGCGACCUGGUUUCGUCGGUGUCAAGUGUGACAGGGCUUAUCCGGCUAGAGUUAGCAGUGGACGAGUGGCUAAGUGCCGCUUCCUAUGUGGCGGCUAUCCUACCCUUGGCAUAGGCUUUGAAGAGGAUGGAACGCCUUGCUGGAGGAAGAAAACAAUAGAAGGAGUUUGCAUUGACGGCCUAUGCAAAGCACUGCCCCCUACGACUGAAGCUACAACAGUACAGGAAGAGAGCAGCACUACGUCUUCUUCGGCUACACAGGCUGGCGCAUUUGAAACCAUGGGAUCUGACGAAUCCUCCACUCAGUCGACCCCAGACACGGAAAACGUGGAAACCCUAUCAACUUCCCCGUCCAGUAGAGUGCAAGAAGGUGAUGACACGAACAUUAUCCAGGGUGUCACAGCUGAAGGAGCUGAAAGUACCACCGCCCAAUCGGAAUUGGUUACUUCUGAACAGCAGACGGGUCCUGAAGAGCAGGCCACAACCACAAGUUCUUCGCCAAGCGAAGAUAAACAGACGCAUACUGAGGAAAACGUGAGUGAAGCGGCAAAAUCUGCCACGACUGUGGAAUCUCGACCAACUGACAACACAGGUAAUGUUGUUGAAGUGACUGCAGCCCUCGAGCAAACAACAGUUGAAUCUGUGCCCGAAAGCACAGUUGUGCAAACGAUAGGAGCCGAUCUAGAUGGAAGUGGGCAAAAGAAAACUCCGUCAGCCGAUGAGGUGACAGCAUCAAAUGAAGUAGAAGGUGAUGAGGCGCAGGGGAGUACUGCCACUGAUGCUGUCAUUGGUGAAGGCGAAGAGGAAGGGUCCGGAAACACUGACGAACAAACGGAUUCCAGUGUUUCUUCCCAGGAUGAUACAACAAGCAGCAGUGGUGUUGAGGAAGUUGUGGCUGUAGUUUCUGAGACGAAUGCUGUCAUUGUAAAUGCAUCUACUCAGCCAGCAGCUGAAGCAACAGCCGAUGGUGACACCAAGCCGGAAACUGAUGAGCCACAAACAAGUCAGGCAUCUGUCACGACAGCAGGAUUCCAUGGUAGUACAAAUGCCGGAGCUUAUGAGCGAGGCGGAGUGUCCUUCACUGAGGUGGAUCAUGAUGCACAAAGCCCAGCGUCAGCAGUCACAGGAGAUUUUGAGGAAGAUACUGAAACACAGAGCACCGAUAAAGAAGUGGUUGCUGUUGUGACCGUAUCGUCUCUGGAAAAUCCUGCUGCUUCAGCUCAAGAAGAAGCCGUUGAUCAGGCGGCAUCGACUCCUGCAGCUGACCUGGUACCCACAACAGCAUCAAAUGAGGACGGGUCGAAUGUAGAACAGGAACUUACUGAAGAUGUCAGUUUCGCUACUACCGAACGAGCUAUUCAAGCAACUACGGCGUCGGUCGAAUCAGAGACUAUUAAAGUCAUCACAACUGUAACUCGAAAUGAGAUCAUUCGUCCAGUCGGGGCUGAUGACCUAUCAGAAGCCACUCUUGUUGAUACGACACGCACCACCUCCGUGGAAACAUUGCCUGUAUCUAAGCUGAAUGACACCAUCAAAACCACCAGAAAACAAUCCGACGUUUCUGUUUCCAGUGACAAUCCUAGCGUAGUUGAAGGUGAAACAGUUGUAGGGUCUCAAGACGGCUCUCCUGAUGGCGCUUUGGUGAAUGAAAUUGAAGCUGGGGCCACGACAGUUUCAAAUGCAGAAGCAGUAGACGUAGAAUUAGCUGGAACUGAAGCACCUGAAGAAAAAUCAGCGACUGUUUCUGAUGAAACACCAGAAAGGAUGACAGUUGUUGAUGAAUCAGCAACUGUUAAAGUUGUGACCAGUAUAACUGAAAAAGAAGUAACUAGACCUACUGAUGAGGAAGCAAACCAAUCUGCAGUAGCAUCCGUAGAUACGACGCAGACCACUUCUGUGGAAGCAGUGCCUCUAUCCGAAGUAGAAGACGAAGUCACUUCCAGUGAAGAGUCAGAGGUAUCUGAAACCCCCACCGAUGAUGAAGAAAAGUUACAGCCAGAAGAGGCUGCCGCUGAAGUUAGCACUUUUGCCGUUGCAGAUGAAGCUUUUGAGAGUACCACCGCUGCUGCAGCUACUGAGUCAGCUACUGUGAAGGUAAUAACGACAGUCACUCACAAAGAGAUUGUACGUCCAGUCGAUUCGCACGACUCUCAAUCUGAUACUACCGUGGUAGACACCUCAAAGACGACGUCAGUCGAGACAUUGGCGGUUUCUGAAGUGGACAAAUUGAGUACUUCUAAAGCGCAAGACUCCGCUGCUGCUGAAAGCACGACUGUGUCUGAAGAGGUGUUCAAGACCGUGCAGGAUGCCGCGGAAGUGAGCUCUGUCACCGUUGCCGAUGAAUCCUCUGAAAGUACAACCACGGCCGCAUCUGCUGAGCCAGCUACUGUGAAGGUUAUAACAACUGUAACUAGAAAAGAGAUCGUACGCCCUGUUGGCUCCGACGACUCUCCAUCGGACGCUACCGUGGUGGAUGCGUCAAAAAUCACGUCAGUAGAGACAUUGUCCGCAUCGGAUUAUCAAAACGCUGAUGAUUCCAACACAGUGCAAUCAGAAGUUGCGCCUUCAGGUGAAAGCAACGCCUCGGAGAACGAAUAUACGGCAGCAAAUGACGCGGUAAGCAGUGGACCAUCAAUAGUAAUCACUGAUUUCGUACAAAAAACAGCAUCUUCUUCCAAAGAACCCACUAAGGCGCCUACCAUUAAUGAAGAGGCCACUGACUCGCCUUAAGUACUCAACAUACCAAGCGCCAAGUUUAAAAAUCUCUAGUUUUCACAAUUUUGACAAAGCGUUUAUUCAGGUGUGCCAGCAGGAAAUCGUCUGUUGCCCACUAAUAAAGAGUGCCAUGAAUUGAGUUGCAUUCAGUGUCAUUGCUAAUUUAAAUUUAAUGAGGUGACAAUUAAAGGUUUAUGGCAAUAAUAUCAAAGGAAUAAAGGUCUGACUUCGAAAAAUU